AACACUAGAACACGAGAACCCUAGAAUCGCGAGGACCUUCUUCUUCCCCUUCUCUUCGCAUAAUCAGAAUCAUAGUUACAAGCUGCGUUUUUUCAGUUUUCAGGGUUACUUUUCUGCGUCAUCAUACAUCUAAUUCGUUGACAGAAUCAUGGGAAGAAACACACAUUCUGACGAAGAAGAUGAUCAUGAGCUCGAAGACGAGGAUGUUGAGCCGGCUCAUGGAGAUCCAGUUGAUAACAAUGACAACGACGAUGAUGAUGAAGAGGACGAAGGUGAGGAUGAGUAUGAGAAUGAUGGAUUCAUAGUGGGUGAUGAAGAAGAAGAAGAGGAGGAAGAAGAGGAAGAAGAAAAGCAAGAUAGCGAUGAGGAGAGGCAGAAAAAGAAAAAGAGACGAAGGAAAAAGGACGAAGAUCUUGAUGAAGAUGAUUAUCUUCUUCUUCAAGAUAACAAUGUCAAACUCCAAAAGAGGAAGUACAAGAGGUUGAAAAAAGCUCAAAGGGAAAGGGAAAAUGGUCAAGGGGGAUCAUCGGAUGAUGAACUUGAUGGGAGUGGUGGAGCUGGAAGAAGUGCUGAGGACAAGAUCAAAGACAAUCUGUUUGAUGAUGUUGAUGAUCUGCCUGAUGAUGUAGGCGAUGAGGACGACUUAGCUGUGGAAGAAGAUGUUGUCGGGAGCGAGGAUGAAAUGGCAGAUUUCAUUGUAGAUGAAGAUGGGAAUGGUCAUCCUAGGAGGGGAGACGCAAAGAAAAAGAAAUAUAGGCAGGGAUCAGAUUUUAGUGCUAUUCGAGACGCUAACGAAAUAUUUGGUGAUGUUGAUGAGUUCUUGUUAAUUCGCAAAAAGGGUUUGGCGUCUAGUGAAAGGAUGGAAAGAAGGCUCGAAGAUGAGUUUGAACCAACUGUUCUUUCUGAGAAGUACAUGACAGGGAAAGAUGAUGAAAUCCGCCAACUUGAUAUUCCUGAGAGAAUGCAGAUAUCUGAAGAAAGCACUGGAAGCCCUCCUGUCGAUGAAAUUAGUAUUGAAGAAGAGAGCAAUUGGAUAUAUGCUCAACUUAUUUCUCUAAUAAAAGAUUCUGAUGGACAAGGACUUCAGACAUUUGAAGGACAAGGUUUCUCGGUUAACAAGGAUGACAUUGCAAAAUUUUUGGAGCUACAUCAUGUGCAGAAAUUAGAGAUUCCAUUUAUAUCCAUGUAUCGAAAGGAGCAAUGCCGUAGCUUGUUGGACUCUGCUGAUGUUGAUGACCUUAAUAUAGAGAAGAAACCUGAGACCAAGUGGCAUAAGGUCUUCUGGAUGAUUCAGGACUUGGAUAGGAAGUGGCUCCUUCUUCGAAAAAGGAAAAUGGCGUUGCAUGGUUACUAUACAAAACGUUUCGAAGAAGAGUCUAGGAGGGUCUAUGAUGAAACUAGGCUUAACUUAAACCAGUAUCUUUUUGAAUCAAUCAUUAAGUCUCUUAAGGUAGCAGAAACAGAAAGAGAAGUUGAUGAUGUAGAUUCCAAGUUCAACUUGCAUUUUCCUGCUGGUGAAAUUGGUAUUGAUGAAGGCCAGUUCAAGAGGCCGAAGCGGAAAUCACAGUAUAGCAUCUGCAGCAAAGCGGGGCUCUGGGAGGUUGCAAACAAAUUUGGGUAUAGUGCUGAGCAAUUGGGACUUGCAUUGUCCCUAGAAAAACUGGUUGAUGAACUGGAGGAUGCAAAGGAAACACCAGAGGACAUGGCAUUGAACUUUGUGUGCGCAAUGUUUGAAAAUCCUCAAGCUGUUCUUAAGGGUGCACGGCAUAUGGCUGCAGUUGAGAUAAGUUGCGAGCCAUCAGUCAAAAAGUAUGUCCGUGGCAUUUAUAUGGAGAACGCAGUAGUCUCAACUAGUCCAACAGCAGAUGGGAAUGGAGUAAUAGAUCCGUUCCAUGAGUAUUCUGGGGUUAAGUGGUUACGUGAAAAGCCAUUGAGCAAGUUUGAGGGAGCGCAGUGGCUUCUCAUUCAGAAGGCAGAAGAAGAGAAACUUCUUCAAGUAACUUUCAAGCUGCCUGAGAAUUACAUGAAUAGGCUAAUUAGCGACUGCAAUGAACACUAUCUAAGUGUUGGUGUAAGUAAGUAUGCUCAACUCUGGAAUGAGCAAAGAAAAUUGAUACUGGAAGAUGCACUUCAUGCUUUUAUUUUGCCAUCAAUGGAGAAAGAAGCAAGAUCCUUGCUAACUAGCAGAGCCAAAACUCGAUUGCUUUCGGAGUAUGGACAGGCUCUGUGGAACAAGGUGUCUGCAGGGCCAUAUCAAAAGAAAGAAAUGGACAUUAACUCAGAUGAGGAGGCUGCACCCAGGGUCAUGGCAUGUUGUUGGGGACCUGGAAAGCCACCAAAUACGUUUGUGAUGCUGGAUUCAUCGGGAGAGGUGCUUGAUGUGCUAUAUGCUGGAUCCCUCACACUGCGAUCUCAAAAUGUUAACGAUCAGCAACGUAAAAAGAGUGACCAGGAUCGGGUUUUAAAGUUUAUGAUGGACCACCAACCGCAUGUUGUGGCUUUAGGAGCUGUCAAUUUGUCUUGUACUCGGCUGAAGGAUGAUAUUUAUGAGGUCAUAUUCCAGAUGGUGGAGGAAAAACCUAGAGAUGUUGGACAUGGGAUGGAUGAUUUAACUAUUGUUUAUGUAGAUGAAUCGCUUCCUAGGCUAUUUGAAAACUCUCGAAUCUCGGGCGAACAGCUACCUCAACAGUCAGGGAUCGUGAAACGUGCAGUUGCUCUUGGACGAUAUCUCCAGAAUCCACUAGCAAUGGUCGCGACUUUAUGCGGUCCAGGCAGGGAAAUUUUGUCUUGGAAGCUUCAUCCUUUGGAGAAUUUUCUUCAGGUUGACGAAAAGUAUGGGAUGGUUGAACAGGUUAUGGUUGACAUAACGAACCAGGUUGGAAUCGACAUUAAUUUGGCAGCUAGCCAUGAGUGGUUUUUCUCUCCUUUACAGUUCAUUUCGGGACUUGGGCCUAGAAAAGCUGCAUCCUUGCAGAGGUCUCUUGUAAGAGCUGGUUCGAUAUUUGUCCGCAAGGACCUGAUAAUACAUGGGCUUGGGAAAAAGGUUUUUGUAAAUGCAGCCGGUUUCUUGCGCAUCCGGAGGAGUGGGCUGGCUGCUAGUAGUAGUCAAUUUAUCGACUUGUUGGAUGACACCAGAAUACAUCCCGAAUCAUAUGGUCUUGCACAGGAAUUGGCGAAAGAUAUUUAUGAUCAGGAUGUCAGAGGUGAUUCCAAUGAUGAUGAGGAUGCGAUAGAGAUGGCAAUAGAGCACGUGAGGGAUCGGCCAGCCUCUUUGAGAAAAGUUGUCCUUGAUGAGUAUCUAGCAAGCAAAAAACGGGAGAAUAAGAAGGAAACUUACAGUAAUAUCAUGAGAGAAUUAAGCUGCGGUUUCCAGGAUUGGCGGAUACCGUUUAAAGAUCCAAGUCCAGAGGAAGAGUUUUUUAUGAUCUCAGGUGAAACUGAAGACACCAUAGCUGAGGGCAGAAUUGUCCAGGCCACGGUUCGGAGAUUGCAGGGUGGAAGAGCCAUAUGUGUUUUAGAUUCUGGGUUAACUGGGAUGCUCAUGAAGGAAGAUUUCGCAGAUGAUGGGAGAGAUAUUGUUGAGUUGUCGGACCGACUGAAAGAAGGCGAAAUCCUAACUUGCAAGAUCAAAUCGAUUAAAAAGGAGAGGUAUCAAGUAUUCCUUAUUUGCAAAGAAAGCGAAAUGAGAAACAACAGGCACCAGCAGAACCAGAAUCUAGAUCCUUAUUACCAUGAGGAUAGAAACAGCCUCCUGAUUGAGAAAGAGAAAGCUCGAAAAGAAAAGGAGCUGGUGAGGAAGCAUUUUAAGUCUCGGAUGAUUGUCCAUCCUCGUUUCCAGAACAUAACUGCUGACCAAGCAACAGAGUAUUUGUCUGACAAAGAUUUUGGAGAAAGCAUUGUUCGUCCUAGUUCUCGAGGACUCAAUUAUCUGACGCUAACUCUUAAGAUAUACGAUGGGGUUUAUGCUCACAAGGAGAUAAUUGAAGGUGGGAAAGAAAACAAGGAUAUCACAAGCCUACAGUGUAUUGGGAAGACCCUGAAAAUUGGAGAGGACACCUUCGAGGAUCUAGAUGAGGUCAUGGAUCGGUAUGUUGAUCCUCUGGUCUCUCAUCUCAAGACCAUGCUUAAAUAUCGGAAGUUCCGAAAAGGGACAAAAGCAGAAGUCGAUGAGCUUCUCAGGAUCGAGAAGGGUGAAAACCCUGCAAGGAUAGUUUACUGUUUCGGGAUUUCACACGAACAUCCAGGCACCUUCAUACUGUCUUACAUAAGGAGCACAAAUCCACAUCACGAGUACAUUGGUUUAUAUCCUAAGGGAUUCAAGUUUAGGAAAAGGAUGUUCGAAGACAUUGACAGGCUUGUGUCGUACUUCCAGAGGCAUAUUGAUGACCCGUUGCAGGAAACAGUUCCAUCGAUCAGGUCUGUUGCUGCCAUGGUACCUAUGAGAAGCCCAGCAGACCGUGGCUCUUCAGGUGGAGGUGGUUGGGGUGGUUCUCAGAGUGAAGGAGGCUGGAAAGGAAACUCAGAUCGCUCAUCUGGACCAAGACCAGGGAGAGGCGGAGAGUACAGAAACGGUGGAGGACGUGGUGAUGGGCAUGCAAGUGGAGCGCCAAGGCCGUUUGGUGGUCGUGGUCGAGGCAAAGGAAGUGAGAGACGAGAUGGAAAUGUCGAAUGGGGGAGUCAUGGUGGCGGUGGGGCAGGCGGCAGGGGUCAUGACUCUACCGAUGAAUACGGAGGCGGGAGCAGGGGCAGUAGGGGUGGUUGGGGAAGUGAGUCUGGUGGUAAAAAGAGUGACGGUGCAGGUGGUUGGGCUAGUGAGUCUGGUGGUGGCGGCGGCGGGGGUUGGGGAAACGAUUCUGGCGGUAAAAAGAGUAGCGAGGAUGGUGGUUGGGGAGGCGGUUCUGGUUCUGGUACCGGCGGUUGGGGAAACGAGUCUGGUGGGAAAAAGAGCGGUGAAGAUGGCGGUUGGGGAAACGAGUCUAGUGGUAAAAAGAGCGAUGGAGACGGCGGUUGGGGAGGGGAUUCCGGCGGACGAAAGAGUGGUGGUGGCGGCGGCGGCGGCGGUGGAUGGUGAAAAGACAAAUGCAUUAGUAGUAAUUAGCUUCUCUCUAAAUGACUUUUUGUUUAUGCUCCUCCUUUUGUCUUAUAACUUGAUGGUUAAUUAGUCUCUCGGUUAUGUAAUUACUUUUAACGUUCCAGGAAAGUCUUUCAAAGUGAUUACACAAUAAUA